UAAUCGGCAGUCGUCGUCCUUUACCCGCAGCGCUCGCUAAUAAUUUGUAUUGCCGUGAUUUGUAGGUUAGGUUCAACAUAAAAAUGAUCAAAAACACCUGUUUGUUGACCAGAAAUCUAUUGAAAUUAACUGGCAGCUAUGGAAACAACAGAAUUGUUCACCUGAACAGAAUAAUAAUCUGUAAUUACUCAACCCAACAGAGAAAAAGUAAAAAAGUAUUUGAAAAUAUAGAUGAAGCGAUAAAGGACAUAACAGACGGGUCAAAACUUCUUGUUGGAGGUUUUGGUCUGUGUGGAAUCCCAGAAAAUCUUAUUGCGGCAUUAUUAAAACACAACGUGAAAAAUUUAACAGUUGUAAGUAACAAUGCAGGAGUCGAUAACUUUGGACUUGGUUUACUGCUUAAGCAGAAGAAAAUCCAAAGGAUGAUUUCUUCUUAUGUGGGUGAAAAUGCUGAAUUUGAAAAGCAAUUCUUAUCUGGUGAAUUAGAAGUCGAAUUAACUCCGCAGGGUACAUUGGCAGAAAGAAUAAGAGCAGGCGGUGCAGGAAUUCCCGCUUUCUUCACACCUACUGCAUUUGGUACUUUGGUACAUGAAGGUGGAAGUCCCAUCAAGUACAACAAAGAUGGACAGGUGGAAAUUUCAAGUAACAAAAGGGAAUCACAAAUGUUCAAUGGUGAACCUUACAUUAUGGAAGAAGGAAUCACUGGCGAUUUUGCUCUUAUCAAAGCACAAGUUGCUGACACAGCCGGCAAUCUCCAAUUCAAUAAAUCUGCGAGGAAUUUCAAUCCGACGAUGGCGAGGGCCGCAAAAACGACUAUUGUAGAAGUAGAAGAGAUUGUUGACGUUGGUUGUAUUAAUCCGGACAACGUGCACUUACCAGGAAUUUACGUGGACCGCAUCGUUUUAUGCGAAAACUACGAGAAACGAAUCGAAAAAGUGACGGUGCAAAAAAAGAGCAGCAACAUGGACUCGAUAGUAAAAAAAAAUCCGGCGGCUCAAAAACGCGAACGGAUUAUUCGACGAGCCGCCCUCGAAUUUAAAGAUGGAAUGUACGCUAAUUUGGGUAUUGGUAUGCCAAUGUUAGCCUCCAACUACAUCCCGCCGGACGUGGAAGUGUUUCUGCAAUCGGAAAACGGAAUUCUGGGAUUGGGUCCGUUCCCAAAUCCAGAUCAAGUUGAUCCGGAUCUGAUAAAUGCAGGAAAAGAAACGGUUACCGUUGUACCCGGAGCUUCGUAUUUCAGCAGCGACGACAGUUUCGCCAUGAUUCGCGGUGGGCACGUUGACUUGACAAUACUUGGCGCGAUGGAAGUGUCACGAUACGGCGACCUGGCCAAUUGGAUGAUCCCGGGAAAGUUGGUGAAAGGAAUGGGGGGUGCGAUGGAUUUGGUCGCGGCUCCCGGAACAAAAGUUGUCGUUUGUAUGGAACACACGGCGAAAGAUGGAAGCCACAAAAUUUUGGAAAGCUGUUCUUUGCCUCUGACCGGUACGAAAUGCGUCAACAUGAUCAUUACUGAGAAGGGAGUGUUUGAAGUCGAUCCGGAAGCUGGACUGACGCUUGUCGAGAUCGCCGAAGGAGUGAACGUGGAGGAUAUUCUCAUGAGCACCGGUUGCGAGUUUCAGGUUGCCGACGACUUGAAACCGAUGGGACAAGUUGAAGAUGUUUGUUAAGGUUGCUUUUUUAUUUGGUUAAGUGAGUGUUUUCUUAAAUAAAUUAUGUAAAUGACUUA